CCAAUCGAACCCACACCGCGAUAAGAAACGGAAUCCCAAAUCCAAAUCCCCACCAGAAACGAAGAUGAAGGAUCUCUUCUGGCACCUGGUGGGCAUAGCCACCGGAUUGAAGAUCCUCCUCAUUCCCGCCUACCACUCCACUGAUUUCGAGGUGCACCGCAACUGGCUGGCCAUCACCCAUAGUUUGCCCCUGGAGCGCUGGUAUGUGGAGGCCACCAGCGAGUGGACCCUGGACUACCCGCCCUUCUUCGCCCACUUCGAGUGGCUGCUGUCGCAGGUGGCCAAGUACGUGGAUCCGCGGAUGCUGGAGGUGCAGAACCUCAACUACGAGUCCAAGGGCACCGUCUACUUCCAGCGGCUGUCGGUGAUUGCCACCGAUCUGGUCUAUGUGCUGGGCGUGCGCAGCUGCCUGGGCUCAUUGGGAUUGGCCCGGGAUACGCAGCAGCACUUCGCCGGCUCCAUGCUGUUGCUGCUCAACGUGGGACUGCUGUUUGUGGACCACAUUCACUUCCAGUACAACGGCUUCAUGUUCGGCAUACUGCUCCUGAGCAUCGGCUCCCUCAUCCGGCAGCGAUUCCUCUGGAGCGCCUUUGCCUUCGCCGUGCUGCUCAACUUCAAGCACAUCUUCCUGUACUUGGCCCCGGCGUUUGGCGUCUACCUGCUGAGAUUCUACUGCCUGGAGCAGGCCACUGUGCUGUCGAAGGCGGCUGCCUUGGCCAAACUGCUGGCCGUGGGACUCACUCCGUUCGGCGUGUCCUUUGGUCCCUUCUGGCAGCAGCUGCCGCAGGUCCUCGCCCGCCUGUUCCCCUUCAAGCGCGGACUGACGCACGCCUACUGGGCGCCCAACUUCUGGGCCCUGUACAACACGGCGGACAAGGUGGCCGCUGGCGUUCUGAGGGUGCCGGUUGCCGCUGGCACCUCGACCACGUCGGGAUUGGUGCAGGAAGUGAGGCACUCGGUGCUGCCAGCCAUCACGCCGCCCGUAACAUUCGCCCUCACUGUUCUCUUCAUGCUGCCCAUUCUGGUGAAGCUCUUCAGGAGUCCCAAAAAUCAAAGUCCUUUGGUCUUCCUGCGAGCCGUGGUUUUGUGUGGCUGCUCCUCCUUUGUGUUUGGCUGGCAUGUCCACGAGAAGGCCAUCCUCAUGGUGCUCAUUCCGCUGUGUCUGUUGACCCUUGUGAACCGCGAGGAUGCCAGAUACGCCUACAUCCUGGGCAUUGCCGGCUACUUUUCCCUGUUCCCGCUGCUCUUCGCGCCGGAUCUGUACAUUCCCCGGUAUUCGCUGUACAUGUCCUAUGUGGCCAUGCUGUACGGCCAGCUGUAUCGCAUCUUUCCCGGCUUCCGGGGCUUCCACCCGCUGGAGUGGCUCUACAUGCUGGGCUUCCUGGCCAUUCCGCUGUACGAGCACCUGCUCGCUUUCCUGCUGCACCUGGACAGGCGUCUUCCGUUCCUGCCGCUCCUGCUGACAUCCGUGUACGCGGCACUGGGUGUGAUCUACUUCUUUGGGGCCUACUAUCUGUACGCCCUGGGCUUCAGCUGGGGCAAGGUGGCCAUGAGCAGCUCAUCCUUAUCCUCCGCUUCCACGUCGGCUGUAAAGCGAAAACGAAAAACCAAAUAAACAGAGCAGUAGAAUGGA